GUAAUGUGAUGCUGAAUGAUUCCCUUACAGGCAAGGAAGAUAUUGUGCUGUUAUCCAGUUGUCAUAGUUGAUUUCACUCUACAAAUCUUCAAGAUUCCUACUGGAGUGAAAGUGUCAGUUGUGAUAAUGACAACUGAAGUUGGUUCAGAGACCGAAGUAAAGAAGGAUUCUGAGCAGUUGGGAGCAGACAAAGCCAAGGACAAGCCUGAAGAAGCAUCAGAGACUCCAGGAGAUCAAAAGUCCAGGGAAACAUCCUCUGGAGAAGCUCAAGAUUCUUCUGUCCCAGCACCAACUAGCCAAAGCAGUCCAAGUAGCCAGAAGAAGGAAAAAGCUUCACCUGAAAGCAAGGGUAUUUCUCGUUUCCUUCCCCCUUGGCUUAAGAAACAGAAGUCAUACACCUUGGCAGAGCCCAAAGAUGAGCCCAAGAAAAAGACCACAGGGGAAGAGCAAGUAGUUGAAGAAAGUGAAAGCCAGGCACUAGAGGGGGUGGCUCAGCCAAGAAAGAGCUUGGAAGAAGCAGCUGAAAACCGGCAGAAUGCUAAAGCAGAUGACAAAGAAAAGCGCUCCAUCAGUAGUGCUGAAAUACAGCCUUCCAAAGAAGAUGGUAAAGAAACAGAAGUAGAGGAAGGUGGAGAGAAAAAGGAAGAAAAAGAAGAAAAAAGGGAGACAAAAGAAGUGCAGACAGCUGAAAUUAAAAUAGAUAACAUUCCUCAGAAGUCUCCAAAGAAAAUCAAAACUGUGCAGUGUAAGGUGAUGCUUCUGGAUGGCACGGAAUACAGCUGUGACCUGGAGAAAAGAGCAAAAGGACAAGUGCUGUUUGAUAAAGUAUGUGAACACCUCAAUUUACUGGAAAAGGACUAUUUUGGGCUGUUGUUUUAUGAGAAUUCAGAACAGAAGAACUGGCUAGAUUCUUCAAAGGAAAUUAAGAGACAAAUUCGAAGUUUACCGUGGAUAUUCACCUUUAAUGUCAAGUUUUAUCCCCCUGAUCCGUCGCAGUUGACUGAAGACAUCACUAGGUAUUUCUUGUGCCUACAGCUUCGCCAGGAUAUUGCAUCUGGCCGACUGCCGUGCUCUUUUGUGACUCACGCCCUCCUUGGUUCAUACACUCUACAGGCUGAGCUGGGUGAUCAUGACCCAGAGGAGCACAGCAGUGAUUAUAUCAGUGAAUUCCAGUUUGCACCCAAUCAGACUCAAGAAAUGGAAGAGAAAGUGGCUGAGCUACACAAAACACACAGGGGCUUGACUCCAGCACAGGCGGAUUCCCAGUUCCUAGAAAAUGCUAAAAGACUCUCCAUGUAUGGAGUGGAUUUACAUCAUGCCAAGGAUUCUGAAGGUGUGGAUAUCAUGCUGGGUGUAUGUGCUAAUGGUCUGCUGAUUUACAAAGACAGACUCCGGAUCAACCGCUUCGCUUGGCCAAAAAUUCUGAAGAUUUCCUACAAGCGAAGUAAUUUCUACAUCAAAGUCAGGCCAGCAGAACUGGAACAGUUUGAGAGCACUAUUGGGUUCAAACUGCCAAACCAUCGGGCUGCUAAAAGGUUGUGGAAGGUUUGUGUGGAGCACCAUACUUUCUUCAGACUUUUAUCACCAGAACAGCCUCCAAAAGCAAAGUUUCUGACCUUGGGUUCCAAGUUCCGCUACAGCGGCCGUACGCAGGCGCAGACACGACAGGCCAGCAACCUCAUAGACAGACCAGCUCCGUACUUCGAACGCACUUCCAGCAAACGGGUUUCCAGAAGCCUUGAUGGAGCUCCCAUGGGUAUUUCAGACCGAAGUCUUCUAAGAGAUUUCUCUGCUACUGGAGGGCAGGCUGCUGGAGAUAAAAUCAUUGAUCUUGAAGCUGCUGGUCAGGCCAAGUUAAAAGAAGGUGGCAGAGAAGAAGAUGAAAGUCCACUCAAAACUCCACAAUUAGAGUUGACUCAGGAUGGAAAGAAUUUUUUUCUUCAGCUCACUCACAUACACCCGUCAUCACUGCCCAUCCAUUCUGUGUCAUCCCAUCUCACCAACUUGUCACCUGUCCCUGAGAUCGACAUGCUUUCAGAUAUUUCAGAGGAAGAUCCCUUUGAAGAGCCCCUCCUUACCAUUCCAGACAUUUCAGAAUGCAAUUCCAUGGAACAAACAUCAGAUCAUAAUAAAACUAGAACAGCUUCACCAGUUAAUACCUUUGAAUCUAUGAGACCCCUAGCUAGUCGAGGCUCCCCUGUUGUUGAGAGAAGAAUCCAUACAAAUGACUACAAAAGCACUGAGUUGCGUGUCUCAUGCAGCUUCUUCAGAUGCCUUUCUUUUAGUUUCCGUUCGCUGCUCGAUGAGGAUGGCUAUAUUACUUUUCCUAGCCUUCCUGAUGUUUGCAUUUCUUUCCUUCCACCUGGCCUUCAGCACUAUAUUCCUAUUACCUCUCCUUCCUUCAUCCCCUCUUUUCUCCUUGUCUUUGUCCUGCUUCUGUCUGCUUUCCAGUCUAUUCCUUUUUCACUCACAUUUUCCCUUCCUCUCGCUCUGUCCCUCUGCUACCUGGAGCCUAAGGUGACUUCCUUUAGUAGCUCUAAUGGCAAUGACCUGAAUGACAAAGCAGAGGAAGAGGAGGUGGAAUACGAAGAGGAGGAAGCGCAGCAGAAGGACCUGGAUAAGACCCAGGACGACUUACUGAAACACCAGGCUAGCAUUAGUGAGCUCAAGCGCAAUUUCAUGGAAUCCACACCCGAACCACGCCCAAAUGAGUGGGAAAAGCGGCGUAUCACACCUCUGUCCCUACAGACACAAGGGAAAAAAGGAGACCACAUUUUCCAAGUGAAAACACUGCCUGGGAAGGAGAAACAAUGGAUUUCAAUGCCAUGGAUUGCUGGAGCAAAACCAGAGGAAACCGAUAAGAGCCUGGAAGAGGAGAUAACCUCCAUUUUGUUUAGUAAGGAGCGCUUCGGCGCCGGCACCAGCGGGCCCUUCGCCGCCGCCAGCCCGGGGCCAGCAGAGGGCGCUGCGGGGGAGCAGACGGGCGCCGCCGCGCCGGGGCCCCAGAGACAUGCUUCCAGAGCAGAAGGGCCUUGUACUGGAGUCAGCGAUGCUGAUAAGAGUUCACAUGAGACUCUGGACAUAGUGGAGGAGAAGAAGCAGGCAGAGUUUGGGAUAGAAGAAACAGUAGUCAUAGACGAAACCAACAAAGGGAAAAUGCAAGUUGCCACUGAUGCUGGGGAGACAUGUAAGGUGGAGCACGUGUCAAAAAAGGACUCUUCAUCAUUGCCAUCAGAUAGUAGCAGCAGCAGCAGUAGUAGUGAGAGUGAGGAUGAAGAGAUGGGAGAAUACCAGCCACAUCAUAGGGCAAUUGAGGAUGUCAUCAGGGAAGAACAGGAAGAAGAGGAACACAUGAAAAAGAAAGAACAUGAAGAAAAUACGCAGCAUGUGGAAGCCGUACCAGAAAGCAGUAAACUAAAUGUACCAGUUGAGCACACACAAGUUACAGCUGAAGAUUUGGUCCAGGAAAAUACAGUUACUGUAGCUACAGAAGAGAAGAAUUUGUCAGAGCAAAUUAAGCAAGAUUUAGGUGAAGAAAAAGAGGAGGAACAGCUGAAACUCAAUGGAGAUGUGUCUCAUGUUGACAUUGAUGUUGCACCACAAUUAAUUUGUUGUUCUGAGCCUCCAGUAGUGAAAACAGAGAUGGUAACCAUUUCAGAUGCCACACAGAGAACUGAAAUCUCCACUAAAGAAAUUCCAAUUGUUCAAACAGAAACUAAAACUAUCACAUAUGAAUCUUCACAGCUUGAUGGCAAUGCUGUUGGUGAUACCGGUGUGCUGGUGAGUGCACAGACAAUUACAUCAGAGUCCAUUUCUACUACCACAACUACACACAUCACAAAGAUGGUAAAAGGUGGAGUAUCAGAAACAAGAAUUGAGAAGCGCAUUGUCAUUACUGGAGAUGCAGAUAUUGACCAUGAUGAGGCCCUGGCACAGGCAAUCAAAGAAGCCAAAGAACAGCACCCUGAUAUGUCUGUGACGAGAGUGGUGGUGCACAAAGAAACUGAACUUGCUGAGGAAGAUGAAGACUAAAAUGAAAAAUGCCCUCAAGCAAAUACUUCAG